CUUCGCCGCCACUUCAGUGGCAGCAAUCUACGACACCUACCACGCUUUCAUUCAUCACCUGCCUCCCCUUCGCCUGCCACACCACCACCAGGGGACACACAGCGCACCCGAUGGCGACGGAGCUGACGGCGGCGCAGCUGCGGGCGUACGACGGCAGCGACUCUUCAAAGCCGAUCUACGUCUCCGUCCGCGGCAAGGUCUACGACGUCACCUCCGGCCGCGGCUUCUACGGGCCCGGCGGUGCCUACGCCGUUUUCGCCGGCCGCGAGGCCGCCCGCGCCCUCGGCAAGAUGUCCAAGGACGAGGCCGACGUCUCCGGCGACCUCUCUGACCUCUCCGACAAGGAGCUCGGCGUCCUCGCCGACUGGGAGACCAAGUUCCAGGCCAAGUACCCCGUCGUCGCCCGCCUCGUCGACGCCUGAUCCCGGAAUCUGAAACGAAACCCCCCAAUCAGCCGCGACCACCACCACCUAUCUGCCGCGUCAAGUGUUACUGUAACUGUAUCCUAUCAAUUGUGCUUUCUUGCUGCAUUAGCUACCCAAUAAUCUGAAUGGAAUGGUAUAUGUGCUUGCAACAUUCCUCCCUCUAUACACUGUAAUCGGUCAGGAUAUAUCUGAGUGCUUGCUUGCUCUGUAAUUAAAUGCUAAUAAUCAGAAUGAAAGAUUGGGGGUGGUUUAAGAAA